GGCUGAGAAUCCUCAGGGGAGCCAGACCCCGGGAUUUGGGGUGCCGAGGCCACGCCAAGGGGCGUGGAGGUGUCACCUCGUUCCUGGUGGGGAUGUCACAGCCAGGAGGCUGCAGACGGGUGUGUGCUGGCACAGGCACCCCACACACACACUUAGAGGGUGCGCUGGGGUGCCCCGUGCACCCUGCCAUGCCUGUCCCCCCCAGCUCUACGAGAAUUGGCACCCGGGGCAGCCCGACAGCUACUUCCUCUCUGGCGAGAACUGCGUGGUCAUCGUGUGGCACGACGGGGGCCAGUGGAGCGACGUGCCCUGCAACUACCACCUCUCCUACACCUGCAAAAUGGGGCUGGUGCAGUGUGGGCCCCCCCCCGCCCUCACCAACGCCCGCGCCUUUGGCAAACCAAAGCAGCGCUACGAGAUCGGCUCCAUCGCGCGGUAUCAGUGCCGGCACGGCCUCGUCCCGCGCCGCUCGCCCGUCAUCCGCUGCCGCGAGGACGGCACCUGGGAGCCCCCCCAGCUGGCCUGUCGCCCCGGUCUGGCUCAGCCCCGUGACGACUGAAUGAGUCCCUGGCCCGGGAGC